UCGCUGGCCAGCAGAAGCUUCCACUUAGAUUCAGGAGCUGUGAGCUCAUCACUCAUCAGUCCUCUUGUUACUUCGCCCCUUCCACAGUUCCACGGCAGCUACUUGGUGUCCGGCCGGUCAUGGCGAAGCUCGCGGUGCAGCUGAGGGACAAGUUCUUGGCCCUCGUCGGCCGCAUCACCAGCUGCGGCCGCGCCCGCGCCGGUCACAACGACGCCGCUGGUGCGACAGAGCCCAACUCGGCGCCAUCUCAGCAUAUCGAGAUCAGGUCAAGGGGAGGUGCUCCGACGGUGUCAGGAGGGUCCAAGACUCACACCAAUGAUGAUUGCAUAUAGAGGAGAAGAGACCCAUGGAUGAUGGAUCUCUGCAGCUCUGUCACCUGUCUGAAGCUUUCUCCUUCUUAAUUCCCAGCGUUGCACGUCUUGCUUGUGUUGCUCCUCUUGUCAUUAUAAUUUUCGGUCUUUGUAGCAUCUGUGUUGUUCGCUCUGUUUCAGGUUCAAACCAUGCCGUUUCGUGAUAAUACGGUACUGUAAGUGCUUCAUGUUAAUGGUGUGUUUUUCUGCAUAGCAUGGUGCGUUGUGAUAUGUAUGGAUAGACUGUGAUGCAGCAAGAUGUCAACUCUUUGGCUACAAAACUUGUUGCAAGUACUUGAUCUCUGUUUGUAAAACUUCUGCACAAACGGAAGAAGAACCACCGGCAACCAUUGUGAUUUGUGCAGCAUCUAAUUUUACAGCAUAGUCUUUUCUUUUUCUUUUGUUCUAA